CAAGCUGAGUUAUAUGAUAAACGUUACUGUUAUGGUAGAAAUUUUAUACAACGGAAUAAUACAUCAUUUGUACUUGAAAAACUAGCAAGCAAUCUCUUCUGCAUUUUGUAUGACAAUCUUCCACCAACAUACAGUGUUAUUAAUGACUUGAAUAUGAAAACUGAAAAAGAUUUACGAGUGGCAAUAAAUCCAGAUAGACUGAAAUGGAAAUGGGAAGACCAAGUACAUGUACCUGAAUAUAAUUCUUCUGAUGCUUACCAAGAUGGUGACAUCAUGUGGAUAAUACAAAAUGCAUAUAUCCAACCUUUUGAAAUUUUACAAUCUGGAUUUAUUGAUACAUGCACAUUCAAAAAGACUUUGAUGUACCUUCGUCAAUGGAAGGAUCGGUGUUUGCAAACUGAGUUAAUUAAUACAAACAGGUUUCUUUUCCCAAUGGCAUUUAAUAAUUUUACUGUUAUUGCUUCACCACAUUUAUUAAAUGAAACUUACAAUGAGAUGUCAGAACAGAUAUGUCCGAGGAAUGUGUGUCUAACAUUAAAUAAUUAUUAUUGUAAAUAUCUUUGGAAGGAAUGCAAUAAUACUGUUAGACCAGGGUCUUGUAUUAAUGGAUCAUGUUACAAUGUCGUUACGAGUGUGAAGUACUUGAUUAUUCAUAAUGGUUCAAUGGGACUUAACAGCAUUAAUGCAUAUUUCAUUAUAGCCAAUGUUUCUCAAAGUUUCUAUCAACAGUUUGAAGUAGUUUAUGAGUGGAGCGAUCUGGAUAAAGAAAAGAGUUUUACUCUUAGCGGUAAUCCCGGCUACAUGUUUGGAAAACCACUAGUCAUUGGUAGUUUAAGUAAGACUGGCGACAUUAAAUCUGUUAUUUUUAAUAAAACCGAUAGUUUCUUAACAUUGCCUAUAGCUAUGAGAAGUGGCCAAUGUAGUGAAAUAAACAGACACAUUGUCAACUUUGGAGAAGACAUUAAAUUACGAUGUUCUGUGUCUUUAAGUACUGAUAACUUCAACUCAUCAUCUUGUAUAGAAUUACAAAAUCGAACUAUGCAUUUUCUUCUGAAGAAUUCUAUGUUUAAUAUUACUGAUACAGAUCAAUAUAGUAUUUAUGUUUCAAAAACUGGCAAUAUUACUAACAAUAAUACAGCUGAUUGGGCACAAAUUUUACUUGAUAGAAUACCUCAAAAUAUUGUAGAGGGACAAAUAGUCAAUGACCGAUUGCAUUGUUCUGGAUUGAUAACUUCUAUACACUUACAUAUUUUGUUCUCUGCUUUGGCAAAUUCCAAGACAUUGACUAAUUAUAAUAUACAAGGAAUAGGUAUUUAUUUUUCUAACGAGUCUGAUAUAUCAUGGUCAACUUGUUGGCCAGAGAAUUGCACAAACAUAUUAAAAGUAGAUAUCAUUAGUUAUGUUACAUUCCACGAUGUGUCAAAACCAUCAAAAUAUUAUUUCGUAGGUGGUCCAAAUUUAGAUCUUACCUUGCCAUAUGAUUUUUUUUAUCCACUAUUAAAUAAUUCACAAUAUAUUGAAUCAAACAUAUAUUUAAUAAGUAGUGUAGUGUUCAUUAUACUUAUGCACAUUUCUAUUUAUUAAUUUCCUGUAAUCCUUACAUCAACAUUACAUUUAAUUAUUCAAAAUAUGUAUUGCACUAUAAAUCAAACAGCAAUGUACUAGAAAUAAUUUUACGUUUGUAUAUAAUAAAAUGAAAAGUUUAACCACA